AUGCCAGCUGUUAAAGGUGAUGGCAUGCGCGGGCUUGCCGUAUUUAUUAGUGAUAUUCGUAAUUGUAAAAGCAAAGAAGCGGAGCUGAAACGAAUCAACAAAGAAUUAGCCAAUAUUCGUUCAAAAUUCAAAGGCGAUAAAACGUUGGAUGGAUAUCAAAAAAAGAAAUAUGUAUGCAAAUUGUUAUUCAUCUUCCUUUUAGGAAAUGAUAUUGAUUUUGGACAUAUGGAAGCAGUGAAUCUGUUAUCGUCCAAUAAAUAUACAGAAAAACAAAUUGGUUAUUUGUUCAUUUCUGUUUUGAUUGAGCAACAAUCAGAUUUGAUGAAAUUGAUUGUGCAAGGAAUUCGCAAUGAUUUGACGUCACGAAACCCAGUUCAUGUCAACCUUGCUCUUCAAUGCAUUUCGAAUAUGGGAUGCCGUGAAAUGGCUGAAGCAUUUUGCAAUGACUUGCCAAAACUUCUCGUCUCAGGGUAAGCAGCUUUUUUGAUUGAAGAACAAUGAAGAUGAAACAACUCUGGUAAACUCUCCAUUUUCUAAGGAAAAAUAUACUGAUUUAUGAUCGACAAUUCUUUGUUUUAAAAAAAUUGUCAUAUUUGUGUACUCUGGAAUUGUUGUGAAAGCAUAUUAGUGAGGAAAUUCAAAAUUUCAUAAAAAGAUGUGAUAUUUCUGAAGCAAAUAUGAAUAUUUUCAAACCUGAUUUCAACACUAUUCAGUUGUAGCUGAAGUGUUGAAUGAAUAAUAUUUUCUCAUUUCCAAAAAAAACUUCCCAUCUUUUUAGAGAAACCAUUGAUUUCGUCAAACAAUCAGCUGCAUUGUGUAUCCUGAAGCUCUUCCGCAACUCGCCAGAAUCGUUCCAACCAGGAGAGUACGCCAGUCGCAUCGUCCAUCUUCUCAAUGACUCACAUCUUGGUGUCGUCACCUCUGCUGCUUCAUUAAUUGAAGCGCUUUCGAAGAAAUGGCCCGAUGAGUACAAAGGGUCUGUCCCAUUGGCAAUCUCUAGAUUGAGCAGAAUUGUCACCUCCGGAUAUACCGAUUUGCAAGACUAUACGUAUUAUUUCGUGCCGGCCCCAUGGCUUUGCGUCAAACUCUUGCGUCUUCUUCAAAAUUAUCCACCACCAGAUGAUCCGUCAAAUAAAGCCAGAUUGUUGGAAUCCCUUGAGGCAGUGUUGAACAAAGCGCAAGAUGCACCUAAAUCCAAAAAAGUUCAACAUUCAAAUGCGAAAAAUGCAGUGCUGUUCGAGGCGAUUGCUUUGAUUAUUCAUAUGGAUUCAGAUCCUCAAUUGCUUGUCAGAGCUUGUAAUCAACUUGGAACAUUCCUCUCACACAGAGAAACUAAUUUGAGAUAUCUUGCACUUGAAUCAAUGUGUUUAUUGGCAACAUCGGAAUUCUCUCAUGACGCAGUUAAGAAACAUCAAGAAACUAUUAUUAAUAGUUUGAAAACUGAGCGUGAUGUUUCGGUUCGUCAACGCGCUGUUGAUCUUUUAUACGCAAUGUGUGAUCGAUCAAAUGCAAAUCAAAUUGUAGCUGAAAUGUUGUCUUAUCUUGAAACUGCUGAUUAUUCGAUUCGCGAGGAGAUGGUUUUGAAAGUUGCUAUUCUUGCUGAAAAAUAUGCUACUGAUUAUACUUGGUAUGUCGAUGUGAUUCUCAAAUUGAUCCGUAUUGCUGGUGAUUAUGUGAGCGAAGAAGUUUGGUAUCGUGUCAUUCAGGUAUGAACUUUAACUCAUGAAGUGAUGUUGAAAGAAAAUUGAUGAACAAUCUUGAAUAAAUUCAAUUUCUGAAACAAAAUUUCCAUAAUAUCAAAAAAUCUUUAGAUUGUUGUCAACCGUGAAGAUGUUCAAGGAUACGCCGCCAAGACUGUAUUUGAAGCUUUGCAACGUCCAGCUUGUCACGAAAACAUGGUCAAAGUUGGAGGAUAUAUCUUGGGAGAAUUUGGAAACUUCAUCGCCGGAGACGAAAGAUCCACCGCCAGAAUUCAAUUCGAGUUGCUCCACUCUAAAUUUCAUUUGUGCAGCAUCACAACUCGCUGCCUUUUGCUCACCACAUAUAUCAAAUUCUGCAAUUUGUUCCCCGAAAUCAAGCCACUUGUUCAACAAGUCUUCCAAACUGAUCAUAAUUUGCGUAAUCCAGAUGCUGAGCUUCAACAAAGAUCUAUCGAAUAUCUUCAGAUGAGCAAAGUUGCGACACCAGAAGUUUUAGCAACUGUAAGUUUUGUUUAAAAUAAUUUGAUACAUGAAUAAAUAAACAAAUUUUUUUGCAGAUUCUCGAAGUUAUGCCACCAUACCCUGAAAAAGAGAGCAGUUUGUUAGCAAAAUUGAAAAAGAGCAAGCCACAAAUGGAAGAAAUUGAGAGAGAAGAAAAAGAAAAGAAGACAAAACCAGCGGCUGUUAUGAGCUCUGAUGGUUCCACUUCUUUGGUUGAUUUGGAUUCUUUCAAUGAUACUGCAAAUGUAUUAGCAAAUGCUUUCGGCGACAAUUCACCUUCACCAUUUGGUGUGACUGCUGUUGAUGCGGAUAUUGCAAAUAUUAAUGAUUAUUUGAAGUGAGUGAUUUUUAUUUAUUUUUUAAUUCUCAUAAAAAAUCUAUCAGUGAAGUCCCUUUUCCUAUCUAAAAUAAUUCAUUUUCCAGAUUUGUCAGCAAAAACAAUGGUGUUCUCUACGAAGAUGACAUUGUUCAAAUUGGUUGCAAACUCGAAACCCGCAACAAUUUGGCUCGUCUUGGCAUGUUUUAUGGAAACAAAACAUCGCAACCACUCAACAAAUUUGUGCCAAUUAUUACUUGCCCUGGAGCACUUGCUGUUCAACUUCAAGCUCAAGCAAAACCCGUUGAGCCUGUAAUCUUAGCUGGAACACAAGUCCAGCAAUUGAUCAAUUUUGUGUGUGUUCAAGAGUUUGUCAAGGUUCCAAUUAUGAAUAUCAAAUUUACUUAUACGUGAGUUAGAUGUCACGGUUAAAAGUUCUAUGUAACCAUGAAAUCUUAAAAUUUUCUCAGUCAAAAUUCAAAUAACAAAUUUUUCAGUGAUCGCGCCGGUGCCAUUCAAUCCUUUGACAAAAACUUUUAUUUGCCACUAUUCACAAGCAAAUUCUUCGAGCCUACUAAUAUGACAUCAGAGCAAUUCUUCACCAGAUGGAAGUCUCUCGGUGCCACAUCGCAAGAAGCUCAAAAGAUUUUCAGUGCCAAAAAUCCUAUGGAUACUGCAACAAUUGAAUCAAAACUCAAAGGAUUUGGAGCAAAUCUUUUGACCGAAGUUGAUCCAAAUCCUGAUAAUUUUGUAUGCGCCGGUAUUAUUCAUACGCAAACGCAACAAAUUGGAACACUUAUUCGACUUGAGCCAAAUAAGAAUGCUAAGGUACGUAAUUUUUUAAAAGUCAAUUUUAUUAGUUGAUAUAAAAUAUUUUCAGAUGUAUCGCUUGACAAUUCGAUCCAGCAAAGACACCGUUGUCCAAAAUUUAGUUGAUCUUCUUGGCGAGCAAUUUUAA